AUGGCCACGCCCAUUCUAACCGCCGCUGCCAGUUUUGUGAACCGUUUCCAGUCCUACGCGAAGCAGCCCUGGUCCCGUCUCUACCCGAACGCCGCCCCUCACGGUGUCGAAAGCAGGCAACCACAAUUUCCAGUUGUGGUGGCCAGUCGAUGUUCACCGGAGAGUCUAGCAAUAGUUCUUUCCUGCAUCGUUUUCGUCAAGCAGCGACUGGGUGUUCUGGUCAACUCUUUCAGGGCACACACUAUAGCCAUCCCCUACGCUAAACUGAAAUUGGUCACCAUGACGCAGCAUCUGGACCGACGUGUGCUUCAUCGUUCUCAUCUGACCACUGUCCUGCUUGACCAGUGUCUUCCUCGAUUCAACCUUCUCCCUCACUGGCCUAUGGCUCUAGACCUCUUGGAUCGAUUGCUGGCCUUCAAUCCGUCCUCGCGAAUCUCCGUGGAGGAGGCCCUCCAACACCCCUAUCUGCGGUCCUUCUACGAGCCAAAGGAUGAGGUACUGGCUGAUUACUGUGCCUCUGAUUUCCGCGGUGAUGGUUUUGUUGUGCUUUUGUGCUCAGACGGGCGCCUGAUUGGCCGAAACCCCGACAAUUCGGACCAUUCAAGAAGCGUAAAUCUUUUUCAAAAUGGUGUGCUCAAAUAUGAAGGCGUGGCUGGUGUCUGCUUGGGGCAAGACCGAAUCGUGGUUUUAGAGCCCGGAGGCGAUGUAUCGAACUGUGGAAUGCCAAGUCGUGUAGCCGAUGGCGUGUUUCUAAUGGUUUUGAUUAAGCGUUGGGUCUGUGAAUCGUUGCGACUUGGCUUGCGGAUGCUCAAGUCGCGAGAUGUAGCCGUCAACUGCCAUUUGAGGGGAUUCUUUGGGUGGUGUACCUUCCGUAAUGGCGCUGACUCGCAUUUUGGCGUCCAAGGAGUUUCGCUCGGGGUAAACACGAUUGGGGUGGUUUCGGUGGAGCAAAAGGUCCAUUCUACCGUCUUCUUUUUUCAGCCAAUCUGCGAAAAUCCGUUUGAGUACGAAGAGGAGAAGGUGGACGAGCAGCCGAUAGAAAAACUGAAGCAGAUGAUGUUCGACGAGGUGCGUGAGCUGCACCGGCAUCAGCACUCCCACGAGUCGAAGUAG